CCUUUAUAAAAACAGCUGCUAAACACAUGUGGACUUGGCAUUGAGUUGCUGAGCAAGCAGGAGACAGACUUUAAUAAGCCUGCCAAGUCAAUCAGAUUCUACCCAGUAGAGACAUGAGAAGGGUUUGCAGCGAUUCCUCAGGGUUGGCUACCGAUGGGUGAGCAUUUAGACCAAAGAAGACAUUCCAGGGACUCUUCCGACUCUGCUGCAACGAGGACAGAUACUCCUUCAGCAUUGUUGGUGCCCUUCCACCACACGUCAUAAGAGAAAACAGGAGACUGCAUCAUGGCGGGGAAACCCAAGCUUUACUACUUCAAUGGACGAGGCCGAAUGGAGUCCACGCGGUGGCUCCUGGCUGCGGCUGGAGUCGAGUUUGAAGAAAAAUUUUUGGAAAUGGCAGAAGACUUGGAAAAGUUAAGAAACGAUGGGGAUUUGCUGUUCCAGCAAGUGCCGAUGGUUGAAAUUGAUGGGAUGAAGCUGGUGCAGACCAGAGCCAUCCUGAACUACAUUGCCAACAAAUACAACCUCAAUGGGAAAGACAUAAAGGAGAGAGCCCUGAUUGAUAUGUAUUCAGAAGGUGUGAGCGAUUUGAAUGAAAUGAUCAUGCUCUUCCCCUUAUGCCCACCUGAUGCAAAGGAAGCCAAGAUGGCCAACAUCAAAGAAAGAACAAGGAAUCGUUACUUCCCUGCCUUUGAAAAAGUGCUCAAGAGCCACGGACAAGACUACCUGGUUGGCAACAGGCUGAGCAGGGCUGACAUUCACUUGGUUGAACUUAUCUACUCUGUUGAAGAGAUUGACCCCAGCCUUCUGGCCAGCUUCCCUCUUCUGAAGGCCCUGAAAGCCAGGAUCAGCAACCUCCCUACGGUGAAGAAGUUUCUGCAGCCUGGCAGCCAGAGGAAGCCUCCCUUUGAUGAGAAACAGUUAGAAAAAGCUAGGAAGAUUUUCAGGUUCUAAAUAAAGCAGGCGUGGAUGCCCAGCAUGCACAGGAUCAGUCUCCUGAAAUUUUUCAAGAAUAAAUGCUCUUCUUAGAUAUAGAUCCUGGUAUUUGUAUGACUAAGAAUACUUUCUGAAGUAUAGUGUUAAUUUAAUUAGAAAUAAAUUAUGCCUAUUUCCUUACUGAGCAAUCUAUUUUGUUUUGGUGAAAUGUGAAAGCAUGAUUACCUUCUAGGAUGCCUUUACCUUAAAAUAAAUGGAGAAUAAGUUUC